AAGAAUGACGUCAAUUAGCAUCACUAAUCCUUUUCGUCAUCUCAAAUUUCGGCGUCACACGGAACAAUUGAACUCAUUGUCAAGAAGCCCUCCAUACUUGAAGACAAUUAGAGCUGGUUUUGUGCCUCAUCCUGUGCAAUGCUCAUCAGCUGCAACUAGCUGCAACAAAAAUCCUAUAGUUAAGAUGUGCGGUGUAACUUCUGCUAAAGAUGCAGAAAUGGCUGCUCAGGCUGGUGCAAACCUUAUUGGUAUGAUUCUUUGGCCGGGAUCAAAACGUUCUGUUUCGUUAUUGGUGGCUAAAGAAAUCUCAAAAGCUGCACGAGCUUGUAAGGCAGAGCCUGUUGGAGUUUUUGUAGAUGACGAUGCAAACACAAUACUACAGACUUCUGAUGCAUGCAGCCUUGAAUUUGUGCAACUCCAUGGUGAUGGUUCUCGUUCUGCACUCCCAAUGCUUUUGCAAGAGAACCGGAUUAUAUAUGUUCUCCAUGCUGAUGAAAAUGGAAACAUACUGAGUCAGAUUCCUGAUAAAGAAUCUUCCAUGAUUGAUUGGCUUUUGGUGGAUAGCGCAAAGGGUGGCAGUGGUAAAGGAUUCAACUGGCAGAAAUUUCAAAUGCCAUCUAUAAGAAGCAAAUAUGGGUGGUUGCUUGCUGGAGGCCUCCAUGCUGACAAUGUUUGUGAAGCUGCUACCAUGCUUCGACCAGAUGGGGUUGAUGUUAGCAGUGGCAUCUGUGCCUCCGAUGGAAUUCAGAAGGACCCCAUGAAAAUAUCUUCUUUUAUGAGUAAAGUGAGGUCAUUAAGUUAUUGAUCAGAAUUCUGCUGCAUGCUUUUGUAACUGCAUUUGAACACUCAUCAGCUUCGUGGCUGCAUAAAAUGGCUCCAACCAUAAACAGCAUCUAUCAAGGCGUAACUCUACAAGUUUUAUUCAAUGAAUAAUUAAGGUGUAGCUCAACAAA